AGGUUUAACCGCGAGAGACGCCCCAGCUGUGUUUACGUAGCAGCGCAACAUCGCCCUCUUCAGCCCGGGACCUCACACGACAUGUCUGCCCCGGUGAAGGACGGCCGAGGCAGACUCAGUCGCUCCGGUGGGUCCGCCUGUGGUGCUAGCCAGCGACAACCAGCCGCCUGAAUGUAGAUCCGCAUGGGCUACUGCUAUUCUUUCUCUCCAAAUAACCCGGCGGAAUCAUAAGAUAAGGAUCCCAGGAUGGUCUUAGUGCAUGUCGGAUAUCUGGUUCUUCCUGUAUUCGGCUCAGUAAGAAACAGAGUAUGGAGGCUGGCUCUACAUUCUGCAUUUAUCAGAUCUUUGUCGUCCCCCCCCAUUGUGUAGCUAAUGAUCAUCUGCUGCUGUGUGGUGUGGCGUGGCCUCUGCCUGUUCUCUGCAUUUAGCUGUAUUGUGAAUCCCUUCUUCAUUUCCUCUUUCCAUCAGAAGACGACAUUGGUAUUAAAAAAGCACCCCUUCCCAAGAUGUAUUCAGUGACAGACUUUCCAUGUUAAGCAGACUAAAACAAAAGCUAACACUUAGAUCAGAGCACCUUUUUUGUCUUGUUUUUUCUGUCAAAUUGCUGUAGCACUGAGUAAACAUUUUAGCUCCUUUUUCUAGAAGUCAGUUGAAUGUCAUUGUGUACUUCCCAUCCAGUCUUGAUAGACAACAUGCUGUAAAUUCCUGUAAAGUGGAUACAUUUUGCAUGAUCUUAAAUACUGCACUGCAUUGUUGAACACCAGAAUUCGGCUCAUCUUCCUUCUUUUUACACAAGGUGCAAUGUACACGAUUAAAGUGACUUAUAAUUUAAAAAAACAAACACCAUGCAAAUUGGAAUCUUAGGCAUGCAAAUUUGUAUUGUUAAAACUCAGCAUUUCCAGCAAAUGCUGUCUUUUGAUUACUUAAAAGGUACACUGCACCUGAACACAACAACUGCCAUAACUGUCUCCAUUUUUGUGUAAUCCUUUUUGUUCCCCUUGCAAAUUCCAAGCUUGGAAUCACACUGAAUUGUCAGGGCUGCUUUCCCCUUACGGGCCAAUGAAACUCCAAUCAUUUACGGAAGUAAAACAUGCUCACUGGUGGUUCAUUACGUCCAAAAUUCCCCCACUAACACAAGGCCAAAAUGCUAUCCAUUUCACAGGGAUGCCUAUUUUCCUGCACUGCUAAAGAGAUCCUCUAUUAGUAAUAACGUCUUUAUUGUUUGGUUGUGGUCUCUCUUUACCUUUUUGUUCUGGUAAUAGUACUUUCAAUGCAUGGUCACGUUUUAUGAUUCAUAAUUUUUUGUUUUUGUUUUUCUACAUUGACUAGUGAAAAUCCAAUGUAAUCUUUCUGUAGUAAAGAUGUACCCUGCUGUACUGAAAUCAUGUGCUGUAGCCAACACGUCUGCUCAUUGGAUGCUGCUUUUGUUCUUUUUAACCCUAUACGGAGCAUGGUGGGCCUUGCCUUCAGUCUGUUGUUUAUUUUUGUCGCAUGGAUUUAUACUAUUAUUACAAACAAACAAGAAAAAAAAUCCACAUAUACUAAUAUUUUUCAAUAAAGAAUAUAGUAUUUUUCCUAACCUUCAGUGUGCUUCUUGCUGAUUUCCAUUUAUUGUCCUCCCUCUCCCUUGUCCCUACCUGCCCCCCCCACCCCACCCACCCACCUCCUCGCCCGCUGUGACAAAGAUAGACAAUUUCCACGCUUCCUCCAUCACAGGGCUUGAAUGAGUCUAUCUGCUGUCAUUCAUGGUGAUCGUUUUCACUGAGACGCUUGAAAACGCAGUGUUACAUUCUGGACUUGAGCCGUUGACCCUGGGCAGCAAGGUCAUCACUUGUCUGCCCGGCAACACUGACGACCUGAAAGUAAUGCCGGAAGGUCACACUGCUGAUCUUUCUUCUUGGUGUGUUUUAAACUUCCACUGCGUUUUUCAAGCGUACUCUUAGUAAAUGCAUUGUAGACUUUGCCUUUUUCCUCAUUUCCUCAAAAAAACACAAAAAAAACAUGCUGUUUUACGUCAAAAAAAGUCUCUUUCUUCACUGUUAAAGCAGAUUUAAUUGAAAUCGUGCUUGAAUCUUCCUGCACAAUGUCUAAACACUUUAAAUCCGCUGCUUUGGUUUCUGCCAGGUGGGCAUAAUGGAGCACAGCGAACGCUGCAGACUAAUUAUGGCUCCCCGUUUAGCCAGGGCAUCCUCAAGAAGUCUGAAAAGCCACAUUUCUUACUUCUCAGCACGUGCUUAAUGAAAAAAGUAUUUUUAGUAGACACACAUUAUUAAAACCACAUUGCAGCACAGCACACGUUUUCGUCUGUAUUCUUCUCCCUGUUGGGUCUCCACAGCAGCCCGCUGCCUGCCGUUGCCAAAUAGCUGUGGUCGAAGAGGGUUUCAAAAGCAUUUAAGCUAUUUCCUCUCAACUCUGGAAUGUUCAUGUGAGAGCGCAAGUAGGGCCACACUGUAUGUGCAAGGAUACAGCAGCUUCCAGAGAAGCACGGUGUAAAAUACUUCAAAUUGAUUAUGUGGCUUUGUCUACAGGGACGGUAUUGUUUAGCGCCAUUGUAGAUCGAGACGUUGCUUCCAUUGUUUGUCUUCGAUGCAGCCGGGCAGUAAAAGGUUUACUCAGAAUUCGCAAGAACCGAGCCCCGUUACAGACCAUGUGCUGGUCAAUUUCCUCCGUUCUGAUCCAGUUGGCUUGUCUGUGAAUCAGAAGACCAGGAGUCGCAUAUUGUAUGCAGGACCAAAAAAUGGUCCUGUUCAUGGCACUUGUGGUAACCAUCAUUUCCCCACCCCCACAGAAGUAUUUGUCACCCUAGGGUCCCAUUUCAACCGGCAACAGCAGCAGCAGCACAGCCAUGCUACCUCUUGCCGGCACUUCCAGUUAGGUCCUCAGGCCCCGCUGCCCAUGGACUUCCCCAUGCCCCACCCAGGGCAGCCGCAGUCAGGCAUUAACCCCCACCUGGCGCCUCCCGGGCACCAGCAUGGCCCUCCGCUCCACCCGCCCCUCAACCCCCUGUCAGCUCCCCAGUUCCAGGAAAUCCCCGCCCCUCCCUUCCUACCUCAGGCAUUACACCAGCAAUACCUCCUCCAGCAGCAGAUCCUCGAGGCCCAGCACCGACACAUCCUGCCGCCCUCCAGACGCACCCCAGAGAGAGUUCCUCACCAGCCCCACAGACUGCGGCCCAGCUAUGAGUUUGCGCCCCCUCUUCAUGUCGCUCCACAGCCUGUGGUGCAGCAGCCCCGCUACCUGGCUGAGGGCACAGACUGGGAUCUAAGUGUGGAUGCUGGGUUGCCCCCCCACCAGUAUCACAUCCAUCCGCUGCCGCAGCACUACCAGCACUACCUGACCUCUCCUAGGAUGCACCAUUUCCCCAGAAACGGUGCCUCAACACAAGUGGUGGUCCAUGAGAUCAGAAACUACCCGUAUCCCCAGCUGCACCUGCUGGCUCUGCAGAGUCUCAACCCCUCCCGCCACGCGUCUGCCGUUAGAGAGAGCUACGAGGAGCUGUUGCAGCUGGAGGACAGACUGGGCAGCGUGAACAGGGGAGCCGUGCAGACCACCAUCGAGAGGUUCACCUUCCCCCAUAAGUACAAGAAGAGAAUACCCCAGGGCCUGAAGAUGUGUCUGGAGGACGAGGAGCUUGACACGGAUGAGAAGUGCACUAUCUGUUUGUCAAUGCUGGAGGAUGGAGAGGAUGUCAGGAGAUUACCCUGCAUGCACCUGUUCCACCAGGCGUGUGUGGACCAGUGGCUGGCCACCAGCAGGAAGUGCCCCAUCUGCAGAGUGGACAUUGAGACCCAACUGACCCCGGACAGUUGAUAGCUCCUGUCGACUGCUGCUGCAGCUUUCGAUCGGGUCUUGUUAAUUGUUCAUCGCGCCCCUGCGGGGGGAAGCCCUGCCAAACGCCCCUCUCUUCCUCCCCAUCACUCAGCGAGCCUGCCUUGUGAGACAGCCGUGACCGAGGGAUCGAUAAAGCACACUCACCUACAACACGACGAGGGAUGGGGGCGGGGUGGGGGCGUAGAUAGGUGGCUGGACUGAGAGUCGCUUUGAAUGGACUCGCUGGAUGUAAAAGGUAGGAGUGGACAGAUGUGCUGAGGCUUCACACACAGGUCCUGUCAGGUCAGAUUGUGUGCAUUUCUCCAUACGGCCAUCACGAGAGGACACUCUUAACUACCGACCUCCCCAGCUCAGUGUAGGCGUAUUAAGGCCAUUCCCC